UAAUUCUUGAAUGUACUUUUGGACUAAGAAGCAACUUAUUAUGGAAACCGUUAAGCAGUUCGAUUUGCCACCGGAGGCGUAUCCAAGAUACCGGUUUACGUGUCAGCAUGUUCAGCGACUAAACAGAAAAAGCCACAAACUCAUUAAAAAAUGUGGCAUUUCAAACGAUUCACCGCUAGAAUUCGGAAAUGUUAUUGUCAACGUAUUUUGUCAAAAAGACGAAAAUCUUCUUGAACUACAACACAUUCCUUUUAAAGAAUUAGAUAAAGACAAAGUUAUUGAAACUCAUAUGUCGAUGAAAAGGUUUAAGAAAAGAGUUUUUACGAACAUGAAAGAAGGAUUCAAAACGCCCAUCUUAUUUGUUGCGUCAUCUAAUGCAUACAGCAAAACGAGAGGAAUACCGGAAUUCUUUGGACGUUUGGUAAUAUUAAUCAAUGAUGAUCCGACGAGCCAAAAAGAUGACUCUAAGGCCGGAGACGCACAUAUCUGGGUUUCAACGAAGGAGUCAUUUGCAGAAGAUGCUAGUGACAUGCUCGAAAUGUAUGCACUAGGUUAUAUCAAGGAGAGAACAGAAUUACUAUAUGUGAUGUCUAACGCAUGUUAUAACAGAGAUUAUUUUCAUAAACUAAACAAGUUCCACAUAUCUGGAGCAAAAACACCAGUCACUCCAAUUAAAAUGACAAAGACAUUCUACGGAGAAGAUGCAGCUAUGUCCAGCAGCUUUGAUCGACAGGUAAGCAUGGGUGUUCGUGACUUUUUGACAGUUAGCGCAGACGAACAUUUACAACUUGUCGAUGAUCUUCGACAGUCAAUACUAGACCUUGUCACGUAACCGUCGUUACGUAUCAACUUUAAAGUGUUACGUAACAUAAAAGUUACGUAUGAAACACUUUAAAGUAAUAACCAAAAAUCAA